GUGCGCAUGCGCGUCCGUCCACGCUUGCGAUCACAGCCGUGGACGAGCCCGUGAUUACGUCAGCGCGUCCGUUAGUAGCAGUGACGAGGAGAGACAGACUAUCCGGACAUGGCGUACGCUUAUCUGUUUAAAUACAUUAUCAUCGGUGACACAGGUGUUGGUAAAUCAUGCCUACUAUUGCAGUUCACAGACAAGAGGUUCCAGCCGGUUCACGACCUGACAAUUGGUGUAGAAUUCGGUGCACGAAUGAUAACCAUUGACGGCAAGCAGAUUAAACUUCAGAUAUGGGACACAGCCGGUCAGGAAUCUUUUCGCUCCAUCACAAGGUCAUACUACAGAGGUGCAGCCGGUGCUUUAUUAGUUUAUGACAUCACAAGGAGAGACACAUUCAAUCAUCUGACCACCUGGCUUGAAGACGCCCGUCAACACUCAAACUCCAACAUGGUGAUCAUGCUUAUUGCCAACAAAAGUGACUUAGAAUCAAGGAGAGAAGUAAAAAAAGAAGAGGGGGAAGCAUUCGCCAGAGAACAUGGUCUAAUUUUCAUGGAAACCUCAGCAAAAACAGCUUCAAAUGUUGAGGAGGCAUUCAUAAACACAGCAAAAGAAAUUUAUGAAAAAAUUCAAGAAGGUGUCUUUGACAUUAAUAAUGAGGCAAACGGCAUUAAAAUCGGACCACAAAACCCAAUGCCUGGACCACCCGGACCGCACAACGCAGGACAAGCUGGUGGCAGCUGCUGUUGAACCUGUCUUAUUUUUUUUUUCAAUCCGAGGAGCCUGCAGUGGCUACUUAACUUGUUCAUAGGCUAUUUACAUGUACUUUUACCUAUUGCCCCGCCCCUUCCUCCAGAGUUUCAAUGUUCACUUUAAAGAGAGAUUUUGGAAAUUGUAUCCAUACUGUAUCUAUUUGCUUUUUUUUUUUUGAUUUCUAGGUUUAUUGAUUGUGGUUGUUUUAAAUGUUGUCUUGUUCCCUUGACUAAAAAAAAACUGAAUUAUCAACACUAAAAUGUUUUCAUAGUAUUUUAAAUGGUUUGUGUCGGUGGGAUUCACAGAUCUGUGGUGACCUGUUCAAAGGGACAUAAAAUCUAAUAAUAAAGGACAUUUGGAGAUGCUUUUUUUUUUUUCUCUCUACCAAUAUGUUUUUAAUGAAGGAAAUGGGAAGAUGUAUAAAUAUCAAUAUUGUGCAUGUUACGGAGGGGAUUGUCUUGUGUACAGGUGAACAGUAAUGUAAUAUCUGAAACAGAGUACCUGUUAUAUGGAAAAACUUAGUGACAAGUCAUGACUUUUGAUUGGCGGGGGUCUGAGUUUUCAGACCUCCACCCAGAAGGAAAACGAGGCGGUAGAAGUCUGUGCUGCCGAUUGUUCCUCUCCCAUCUCCAUGUCACGUGAUCGGAACACGCUCAUAGACUUACAUUGAGUUUGUCUCCAUCACGUGACCUGAUCUAAAGAUAGUUUUUCCAAAUGACUGGCCAUUUAAGGGUUAUUCUGGUUGCAAUAAAACAAGCUUGUUUAUUUUGAUAUGCAAUGCUGUCAUCUUUGCAAGUUUUAAGAUCUCUGAUUGCAGUCAUUGAAUGUUUACCGGCAUUGUGUAUUUCUGGUGAAUAGAAAUCUGUCCUGGACGUGGGUGUGUGACGGGUACAGUCAUCAAAACUCUCCGUAAAGUGUCAUCCUGUAACCAGGACAAAACUUUAUUCCCUAGAAGUAAGCAGUGAAGAUUCAUGUAUGCCAAUGUUUCCCAACCAGGGUGCCUCCAGCUGUUGCAAAACUACAACUCCCAGCAUGUCCGGACAGCCGUUGGCUGUCCGGGCAUGCUGGGAAUUGUAGUUUUGCAACAGCUGGAGGCACCGUGGUUGGGAAAACACUGAUGUAUACUGACAACAGGCAGAGAUUAUUAAAAUCAAAUAGUGGUAGUAUUAGAAAGUUGCGACAUUUUUCGCCAUGCAAUUAAUAUGUUUUAAUUACUGAUGCUAAAAUAUCCCUUCUAAAGUAAUUUUGUGGGGGAUAUGUGUAGCACCGAUAUCUUAUGUUUAACAAUGUGCGGGACGUUGAUUUUAAGUAUUUAUAACAUUUUCAGUGGAUUAUCAGGGCACGAUACACUAACUGCCAUAUCUACGAAAAGUGUGAACGUCACAGAUGUCCCUCAAGGGAGAGCCUUAAAGGGGUACUCCGGCGCUUAGACAUCUUAUCCCCUAUCCAAAGGAUAGGGGAUAAGAUGCCUGAUCGCGGGGGUCCUUUGGAUAGGGGAUAAGAUGUCUAAGCGCCAGAGUACCCCUUUAAGUAGUUUACUGCACAAAAAGCUGAAGGAAGAAGUUUUUUUAAUGCAAUAUAUUGGUAGACAGGAAAAAUGGCUGUAUCCAGAAUGUUACUUAAGUGCAGUGUGCGUAUUCCUGAUAUGUAAUGCUGACACAUACUUACACAUCCAAGGUGGUAGAGUGAACAUGAUGCUUUCUUAAACCUGUUGACUCACUGGAGAGAAUAAUCCUAAUCUGCUAUAGUCCUGCUAUUUUAUCAUUAAGUAAACCAGUUGUAUUGUCAUUAAUUGAUCUAGUGAGAACAUCCAUGUGGUUUUCAUUUUAAUACAGAAUACUUUAGAUUUUCUUGCACUGUAUUAUCAUUUUGCACAUCUUAUUGCGACGAUGAAGUGACUUGUUCUCGGUAUAAUAUUGGGGUGGUCAUGCUGAUGUAAUGUGCUGCUUUUUACAUGGCCUGUGUAAGAUUUUUAAAGGGGUACUCCACUGCCCCAGCAUUCGGAGCAUUUUGUUCCGAACGCUGGAUGUGGGCCGGGGGGUCAUGACGUCACACCACGACCCCUCAAUACAUGUCUAUGGUAGGGGACAUGGACUUGCAUAGACUUGCAUUGAGGGGGCGUGAUGUGAUGUCACGAGGGGCGUGGCUAUGAUGUCACAACACCCCCUAGCCCGCACCCAGCGUUCAGCACAAAAUACUUCGGACACCAGGGCAGUGGAGUACCCCUUUAAGGAUACUGCAGUUAAGGAACAGACACCUUAGCUUGUAGUUUUCCUUAUAUCUAGGGUCAGUGCCACUGCAAUUUGUAUCUCUGCAAACUGCAUCUGUAUUAACUAAGCUUUAACUGGGGAAAAUAACAAAAGUGCUGUUGUCCCUGGCAACCCUCCAGGUCUAAUCUGAAGGAACCUCUGUUUUCCAUGGGUCGCUAGUUGUUAAUUCAUGACCUCUAUUGACCUAUGUGGUUCUCAGUCUAUUUUUUUGCCAGGUUUCUGGAUGAAGUUUCAUGUAAUUUAAAUACCACCAUCAAGAGAACCUGUUAUCGCUUUCAGGCUUCCCAAACCACAUGUCAUCAGGAAGAUCUCUCCCAUUUGUGUUUUAGGUAAAGGCCGGUGGGGCACGCAGAAGCCACCGGAACCGCCCUGAUGACUUGUGGUUCGGUAGCUUGAAAAUUGAUGGCAGGUUCCUUUUAAAAAGUUUCCCAUUCUGUUCUAGGGUUUACAUACAUAGGCCUAAUUUAUCAUAAAUGGGCUUUAAUGCCUAUAGUAACCAAUCAGGGCUUGGCUUUAACUUCUUUAACAGCUCUGUAAAAUUGUAAGCUCUCUGUGAACGGGUGGUACAGGCAACAAGACAGUUCAUGUGUGGAGACUUUUUAUUCACCCUUCAGAUAAAAGUAUAUAAUGACUAAGGAGAUAAGUGGAUUUUAUCUGCCUGACCUCAAUUUUGCCACUUGAUAGCAAACUAUCUGCCAUUGGUUUGUUGUUGGAAAACUGAAGGCAAAACUCUGUAAAUCUGUUAACCCAGUUAUAUUGUGUAUGGUAAAUUUGUGUACGAACGGAUCAAUCCAUUUAAAAGUAGUACUGGCUCAGAAAAAACAUGGCGUCUUUCUUCUAAAAAUACUGCUACAUCUGUCCACAGGUUGUAUAUUUUAUUAUAUUAGUCACAUUUUCUUCAGUGCUUGUUGGGCUGCAAUACAGUGGUCCCUCAACUUACAAUGGCCUCAGGUUACAAUAUUUUCUACAUACAAUGGUCUUUUCUGGACUAUUGUAACUUGAAACCAGACUCAACCUACAAUUCUACAGACAGUCCAGAUCUACAAAACAUGUCAAUGGCUGGAAGAUCUGACCAAUCAGAAUGGGCAUUCACUGGUAAAACACCUGUAUUACUGAAGUGCAUACACUGUCUGGUAGCGCCUCCUACAGUACAGGGAGGUAUUACAUGUUCUCUACUACUAUUUAUCUGUACCAGUGUUCACUGCUCCUGUGAACACUAGGUUAGGGCGACUCCAUUUAAUUUAUUAGGACAUUGCGUGUACUGUACAACCCUGAAGAAGCUUCUGUCCUCUAUAUAGACAGCAAUUUACAGCUCCCAGCAGUUCUGUCUUACUUUUAUAUGUAAGAACUUGCUUCAUCUAUAUUAAUCUACUUAUUUUCUUUAAUCCUCACUUUUUCCUAUUUGUGGUUGACAUUUUGGGCUUCAGAACCAAUUACCAGGUUUCCAUAGAGUUAUGGUCUCAACAUACAAUGGUUUCAAUUUACAAUGUUCAUCCAGGAACCAAAUACAUAUUGUACCUUUAGGGGCCAAUGUAUCGGACACAAUCCAUGGAUAGGUGAGUCUGUGUUUUUAGAAAGCAGCCAUGUUUUUCUAAUUCUGUAUAGCAUUUUUAUUAUUCAGAAAUGAGUGUUUAAAUAUGUAAUAGACUGAAUUUCUUUCCUGAAUAGUCAGCGAUGUAGUAAUUCCUCUGAUGGUAUGUCAAUUGAUAUACCUCUUCUCCAUGCAUGUUGGUUGCCUCCACUAGAUCAAGGCUACAUGUGCACUUUAUUGUAUGAUACAUUCCAGGUUCCAAACAUUGAAGGGGAUGACCCAGUUGUGGUAUUAUUCAUUGGAAAUGUAAAUAUUGGUUUGUCAGAUAUAGAUUCUAAAUAUGAAGGAAAUAAGGUUAAUUCAGCAAGCUAUUGCGCUAAGGUAUACAGCAGGACUGGAAAUGGUAUGUUCAGUAUUUUAUUCUUUUGCAGCAAGGAAAACUCCCUUAAUCUCCACUCCUUACAUUUUCUUUGUCAUCAUGAAUUUAGUUUGCGUAGGUCGUGUUUGUAAAUACAUGGGAUAUUUUUAUAAUGCAGAAUAUGUUAUCUCUAAAUGCUUUCUCUUUAAUCUUGGCAUGGUCAUGGUUUACUACUACUGGAAAUCCUUUCUUUUGCCUUAUUAUUGUGCUUGUUGUUUGCAAUAAAGAUUUCUUUCAUUGUAACAUUGUGAGAA